UUGCGAGUAAUUUUUCAGACGGAGAAAGCCUGCGAACUGUUCUGUAAAAAAUAAUUUAUGUACUUAAGGAAUUGUAUUUUUAAUAAAAAUUCAACAAAAGUGUUGCGCAAAGCAGGCCAAAACGAGUAAAUAAAAACCGCUGCAGUUAAUACAAAGACAUCAAAACAACCAACUUCAGCAUGGAUCGCAAAGCUGAGCUGGAACGUAAGAAAGCCAAGUUGGCAGCGCUUCGCGAGGAAAAAGAUCGGCGUAGGCGUGAAAAGGAAAUGAAAGAUAUGGAAGAGGCUGCUGGACGUAUAGGUGGAGGCGUUGGCAUCGACAAAGAUCAGAGGAAAGAUUUGGAUGAGAUGUUAUCUUCGCUGGGUGUUGCGCCCGUGUCAGAGGUAUUAUCUUCCUUGUCUUCGGUAAACUCGCUGACAUCGGACAACUCCAAUACUCAAACACCAGAUGCAAGCUUACAAGCGAAUAUGAAUGGCGUUGGUGGUCCCAAAAAGCAGCCCUUAAACUUGAGCGUGUAUAACGUACAGGCAACCAACAUUCCACCGAAAGAAACGCUAGUCUACUCAAAGCAAACACAAACGACUAGCAGCGGUGGACACGAACGUGAUGUUCUUUCUUGCCACUCCUCACCUCUAUCAGGAUACAUGGAGGAUUGGUGGAGACCACGCAAAGCUCAUGCCACGGAUUAUUAUGACGAAUACAAUCUAAAUCCGGGUUUAGAGUGGGAGGAUGAGUUCACAGGAGAUGACGAAGAAAGCUCUCUACCACACUUGGAUCAUGGUUUCACCUCGAAGUUACCCCCUGGCUACUUGACGCACGGUUUACCAACGGUGAAGGAUGUGGCACCCGCCAUAACACCACUAGAACAGAAAAAGGAACAGGAAGAGAAGAAAGAAAUUAAGGAACUUUCGGAGGAGCAAAAACAGAUGAUCAUACUUUCCGAGGACUUCCAACGGUUUGUGUUGCGCGCAGGUCGUGUUGUUGAACGCGCACUCUCCGAGAAUGUUGAUAUUUAUACAGACUAUAUUGGCGCUGGCGACAAUGAAGACACCAACGAUGAGCGAUCACAUGCUCGCCUCUCGGUGAAUCGUAUUUUUUACGAUGAACGUUGGUCGAAAAAUCGUUGCAUCACGUGCAUGGAUUGGUCUACACAUUUCCCCGAACUGGUGGCCGCUUCAUAUCACAACAACGAGGAGAGUCCUAAUGAACCGGAUGGUGUUGUUAUGGUUUGGAAUACCAAAUUUAAAAAACAAACACCUGAAGAUAUUUUCCAUUGUCAAAGCGCUGUGAUGUCUACGUGCUUUGCCAAAUUCAAUCCUAAUCUAAUAUUGGGUGGUACAUAUUCGGGACAAAUCGUGUUAUGGGAUAAUCGCGUACAGAAGCGUACACCGAUGCAGCGCACACCACUGAGCGCCGCUGCGCACACACAUCCGGUCUAUUGUUUGCAGGUUGUUGGCACACAGAAUGCGCACAAUGUUAUUUCCAUUUCUUCGGAUGGCAAGUUGUGCUCGUGGAGCUUGGAUAUGUUGUCACAUCCUCAAGAUACAUUAGAGUUGCAACAGCAACGUCCAUCGAAAUCGAUUGCAGUUACUGGUAUGGCUUUCCCGGCGAAUGAGAUCAACAAUUUGGUGGUGGGCAGUGAGGAUGGUUACGUGUACUCAGCUUGUCGCCAUGGUUCACGCACGGGCGUAAAUGAUGUCUUCGAAAAACACUUGGGUCCAGUAACAGGAAUCUCCACACACUACAACCAAUCGUCGCCUGACUUUGGACAUCUUUUCUUAACUUCCUCUAUCGACUGGACAAUUAAGUUAUGGUCUCUAAAGGACACUAAACCACUAUAUUCUUUUGAAGACAACUCCGAUUAUGUCAUGGAUGUUGCAUGGUCGCCCAUUCAUCCAGCACUUUUUGCUGCUGUCGAUGGUAGCGGUCGCCUUGAUUUGUGGAAUCUUAAUCAGGAUACCGAAGUACCCACAGCAUCAGUUUUAGUUGAAGGUGCGCCAGCGCUUAAUCGUGUAUCGUGGACGCCGUCAGGUUUACACGUGACCAUUGGUGACGAUACGGGCAAAUUGUAUAUUUACGAUGUUGCAGAGCUUCUGGCGCAGCCAUCACGUGAUGAAUGGUCGCGCUUUAAUGCGACACUCAAUGAGCUAAAAAUGAAUCAAAGUGAUGAUGUUUAAAUCAAAUGCUUAUUCAUAUACGAACGGAGUUAUGAUAGUUUAAUUUAAAAAGACUUAAUUGGUAUUUUACUACUAUGGCAACUUAAUGCAUAUAAAGAAACAGUAAUAAGCACUGCGAUGCGUUUGAGAACAUUAGCAGCAAUUUCAGAGGCGAAAUCGUUAGAAAUUCA